AUGUAUGUCUUUCUCAUCGCAGCCCCGCUUGCGGGACUAUCUAUGAUUCUUAUGCCUCUUCUUGUAAUUUUGAUUCAAUUGAUUGUAACGCGCGGGGACGGCGUUGCUAUUCGGAAGUCAAUGGGCAUACUCUUGGGACGCCUGCCCUUGGACAAAAGCGUAGAGUUCUGUGCGAAGCAAAAGGCUCGUGCAUAUGCAGAGGACUUAAGGAGGCGGUGCUCCGAGGAGCCAAAGUAUGAUGAUUACAAAGCUGCUAUUGUGGCCAGCCAAGGGGAAUACCGCGAAGCAACCGCUGAUUUCGUCGAGAAUUUGCCCCGUGGCGUUGACGUCGAGACUUUCACUGAGUCCCCAGACGUGAAGAGAUUCCAGGGCGCAUUCGAAAAGAUGAUUUUCAAUAAGCUGAUGCUGACGGCCCUGGACGACUCCGUUUCCGAAGCGACCGAAAACGAAGACAACACAGUAUCCUCCGAGACGCAAGGGGACGAACCUACUACUACGACAGACCUUUCGCCGCUCAUUCGCGAGAAGAAAGCAGCACCUUUCACGGCUCCCGUCCCUCUCAAUGGCCUGCCCGAGCCAGUGAAGACUCAGGCGAGAGAGCUAAGAGAGAAACGCAGAGAACUACAGAAGUGGAUAGACGCAGAGCUCGCUCGCUUCCCUCUGAACGCUGAUGAGGAAGCGGAAGCACUAGAGGACAUCUCGCCCAAACCAUUUGCACUGACUUCCCAGCUUGUGCGAAGUGUCAUCAUCCAACUCGCCUUACUCUCACAAAGCGCUACAUCCAUCUGGCUUUUCUUCAGACGUGUGAGUCACGGGAGCGACGCACUUUAUGACCACAGAUUGCUGCAGCUGUCUAUUCUCGGGGCAUGCGUCUCACUAAUGAAUAUCGUGUCAAUCGUUAUACAGCCACACUACCCUCUGCAAGACAACAAUGAAGAUAAAAGGAUGGAUUGGGUCUAUUACCUGCGGAUAGGGGCCAUUCGGGAACAAAACAUCGUGGAAGACAUCUACAAGGAAGUCUCGGAAGACCCUGCGAAAAGAGGUAUCAACAACGAGAUAAUGCAGGCCAUAGCUUCAAUACUCACGGAAAUCAUUUUCGAGCUCCUUGGCCUGUAUUUCAUAACACUUGCCGCGACCAAGAUUGGCUUGAGAUGCGGUUCUCCAGUUGAUUUCCUCGACGGUGUCGGGGGCGUAUGUCUCCGACUGACAUCGACCAUCAUGGAGUCAUUCUGGUCUUUCAUACCGGCUUUAAUGGCCCUGGCAAGAAGAGUCACGCCCUUUCGUGGCGAAUUCUGGAAAACAGCACUGCGAAGAUAUCGUUGGACUUUUUUUCUCGCAACGCUCUUCUGCGCUUUCUCGGCGACUAGUGUCCUUCUGCCGUCAGCAUAUUGGGCUGCAAGCUGGAGUCAGAGCCUACUGGAUAGUGUGCAGCAGCUUAUAGCUCUCUUCAGCAUACCUCCAGAUUCACAGGACUAUCGGAACGCUGCAUGUAUCCUCACGAAAAGCUUAUCCGACGUGGCGAGUAAUGCUAGCAAUGUACCCUUCAUCAACAACUCGCUGCUGAAGCCGUCUGGAAACACCACUGAGCUUGAUGGGGGCGUCACGUAUCUUAGUUGCACACUCUUUCCGGAUUGGAGCAGAAUAUGGACAUUUGGACACAUACCAUCUAGCUUCCCGUGCCCUGAAGCUUGGAAAGAUCCGGUAGCCGACUAUGUCUGGUGGCUUGCGUGA